UCUAUACGUCGGUGGCAGAGUUAAACUAAUCCAUUCCACGCCCGGAGGCGCAAAGAGUCCGAGGAAUGCAGGGACAUGAAACCCACAGAGCCUAUAAGAAGUUUUAGAUAGAAGCGAUGUACUAGACCAGCACUCGCCGGUGAUCGCCAUAUCAUCCAUCUUUUGACGCCGGAGAAGAAGCCUGGAUUCUGGGAGCUCAAAUCAACCUGAAAGUUUGAAAGUUGAAACUCCGCAUUGCCAAAGUCAAAUGUCAAAAACGUAAUUCUCUAAUCUCACAUAGCUUUGGUUCGACCCAUCAAACUUGCAGUGCAAGAAAGCGACUACUUAAAUUCUCUUGAAGACAACCCUUUUUGGUAUUAAAUGUAAUGAGCCGGAGGUGGUCGAGCUCGGUGACGAGGAUGGCGGAGGAGAUCAGCAAGGCUGACGCGCAGUCUUCUGCAGCAUCAUUGACAUCUUCCAAUUCGAGAUGGGCUUGGCCUUCUGUUCUUCGCUGGAUCCCUACCUCAACCGAUCAUAUUAUCGCUUCUGAGAAACGUCUCCUCUCCUUAGUCAAAACUCCGUAUGUUCAAGAACAGGUUAAUAUAGGAUCUGGGCCACCAGGGUCUAAGAUCAAGUGGUUUCGUUCUUCAAGUGAUGAACCUAGGUUUAUCAAUACAGUUACAUUCGACAGUAAGGAAGAUUCUCCCACGCUUGUUAUGGUUCACGGUUAUGCUGCUUCUCAAGGGUUCUUCUUCAGGAAUUUUGAUGCUCUUGCUAGUCGUUUCAGGGUCAUUGCUAUUGACCAGCUUGGUUGGGGUGGGUCAAGCAGGCCUGACUUUACAUGCAAAAGCACUGAAGAAACUGAGGCUUGGUUCAUUGAUUCCUUUGAGGAAUGGCGUAAAGCCAAAAAUCUCAGCAAUUUUAUUUUACUAGGACAUUCUUUCGGGGGAUAUGUUGCAGCAAAGUAUGCCCUCAAGCAUCCUGAGCACAUCCAGCACUUGAUUUUGGUGGGACCUGCUGGAUUUUCAUCCGAGUCAGAUGGAAAAUCUGAGUGGCUGACUAAGUUCAGAGCCACUUGGAAAGGAGCUGUUAUGAACCAUCUUUGGGAGUCUAACUUUACUCCUCAGACAGUUGUCCGAGGUUUAGGCCCCUGGGGUCCGGACUUGGUUCGCAGAUAUACAAGUGCUAGAUUUGGUGUAUAUUCAACUGGUGCUGUAUUGAAUGAGGAAGAGUCCAAAUUGCUUACAGAUUAUGUAUAUCAUACUCUAGCUGCCAAGGCUAGUGGAGAGUUAUGCUUGAAGUAUAUAUUUUCCUUUGGAGCAUUUGCACGGUUGCCCCUUCUACAGAGGUUAGUAUAGUAUAAGUUAUUUCAU